AUCUGCGGUGGAGGAAGGAGAUCCAGCGAUUCACUUCCGCGUAAACACAUGCAUUUCCAAAUGGAAAUUUUGUGUAGGACAGGAGCGAGUUGCUGAUGGCUAAUAUAUGAAUUAGCGUAAAGCCAACCCAUUAUGGAAGGUUAAAAGAAUGCAUCAUAUAAGGAAAUAUGCCUUGAUAUGAAUAAGUUAUUAAGUCUUGCAUUUUGGACGUUAAAAUUUGUUUGCCUGUGCAAUUCCCUAUCUGCAAAUGGAACCUCAACUCUAUCUCCCAAUUUUGCAAAAACAACUGCUGCUACAGAAAUUCUCACCACUACAGAGUUUAAAUGUGAGGAAGAUCACAUAGCAUGUUAUAAUGAAACAAAAUGUAUCAGUAGAAUGUGGGUGUGUGACGGUGAUUAUGACUGCAAAGACCACUCUGAUGAACUAAACUGCUCUAAUUUGACGUGUGGCUAUGGAAAAAUGCGAUGUGAUAAUGGAAAAUGCAUUGUUAACAGUUGGGUGUGUGAUGAAGAAGUUGAUUGCAGUAUUGACGGAAGUGAUGACAGUGAUGAGAGAAAUUGUGCUAACCAGAAUGUGACAUGUGCACCAUCACAGUUUCUGUGCAAAAACAGUGGUAAAUGUUUUGAUCUGCGAUGGAGAUGCGAUGGUGAUAACGAUUGUGGUGAUGAAAGUGAUGAAGUUAAUUGUACAAAAAAAUGCGAGGGCAAAGAUUUUCAAUGCAGAAAUGGAAACUGUAUAGAACCACGUUGGCAGUGUGACAACGAAAACGAUUGUGGAGAUAAUAGCGAUGAAAACCCAAUAACAUGUCCAAAAGCAAGCUGCCGUGCAGGACUUUUUACAUGUAGCAAUGGCAUGUGUAUUAAUCAGUUAUGGGUGUGUGAUGGAGACAGUGAUUGCGAGGACAAUAGUGAUGAAUUGCCACCUGCUUGUACUGCUGAACAUAAAAAAGUUUGCGGAGAGAACUAUUUUCACUGCAAGUCGGGUAAAGUAAGCGGUGCUGGAAUGUGCAUCAAGAACAAGUUACGUUGCAAUGGGAGAAGAGAUUGUAUUGAUGGAACAGAUGAGGAAGGGUGUCCCUCCGAUCGCAUUAUCUCGCCACACUGCGAAGAGUUCUUAUGUGAUUCAGGACAGUGCAUCUCUAUGAAACAAAUGUGCAAUGGUGUUAUGGAUUGUCAGCAUGGUGACGAUGAAAAGAAUUGUGAAUUUGAAUGUAAAGCUGGUUACUUUCGAUGUGCUAACUCAUAUCAAUGUAUUAACCAGUCGUUAGUUUGCGACGAGAAGUUUGAUUGUCGCAACCAUGCUGACGAACCUACCAGUUGUGGUAAAAAUGAGUGUGCUAGUAAUUAUGGUCACUGUGCUCACCAAUGUGAGGAUCUUCUUACUGGUUAUAAAUGUCACUGUAAUCCUGGAUUUGAGCUGGAAGCAGAUGGUCAUAGUUGCAAAGAUGUAGAUGAGUGUCGUAUUCUGGGCACAUGCAGUCAAUUGUGUACCAAUAAAAAAGGUAGCUACAAAUGCUCGUGUCUGCCAGGUUAUCAACUGGAAGGAAAAAGACAUUGCAAAGCCCUAGGAUUUUCAUUCUUCGUUCUGUUUUCCGAUCAGAUAAGUAUUCGCAAACUGCAACUUCGCCAGUCUCACGAUUACCAUGAAGUUGCACACGAUUUAAGCUGUGUGGUUGGAAUUUCUUACUUCGCUAUGUAUGGUUAUGUGUAUUGGAGUGAUGCAAAAGAACACCAAAUCUCUAGGUUGAGUCUCCAUGAGCCAGGUAAACAUGAAAUUAUUGUUCAGAACAUAAAAGAACCUGAUGGUGUUGCAGUUGAUUGGAUGAGUUUGAAACUAUACUGGGUGGAUGCAUCUGAAAAGGUGAUUGAGGUGUCCGAGUUAGAUGGCAAGCACCGUUCUGUGUUAGUGUCUACUGGUCUAACAGAACCGAGAAGUAUAGCAGUUGACCCCACUGAUGGAAACCGGUUCUUGUAUUGGUCAGACUGGGGCGAAAACGCUAAAAUUGAGCGAAUCAGUAUGGAUGGUGAUCUGGAAAGUCGAAUCACGAUUUUUACUCGCAUUGAUAGCUGGCCUAACGGACUCGUGAUCGACUUUACCAUAGAGCGUUUGUUCUGGGUGGAUGCGAAACGAAAAACCAUUGAGUCUAGUUCCCUGAACGGCAGUGAUCACAAGUUUAUUUUAGAAAUCAGUGGCUAUCAUCCGUUCUCUGUUGCCAUCUUCGAAGAUUAUGCCUACUGGACGGACUGGGAAAUUGAGGCAGUUCAUCGAGUGAAUAAAUUUAACGGGGAGUCGUAUGAACGUCUGCAAAUACAAGGAUACAAGCCGACAGGGAUAUCAGUGUACCACCCUGUGUUACAACCUUCUGCCUCCAAUCCUUGUAGAAACAAGUUUUGCAGCCAUCUUUGUUUAUUUUCACAUCGCUACGGUCAUCGAUGCGCAUGCCCGACAGGACAUCAGCUCAUGAAAGAUGGUAGAACAUGCAACACAUCAGAUGCGUAUAAUUGUGUUCCAGAUUUUUGUUUACGUGGAGGAAUAUGUUUUAAUGAAACUAAUAAGAAACCUUCUUUACCAAGAUGCAGGUGCCCACUUGGCUUUGGUGGCGCUCGAUGCGAGAAGCGGGUUGAGCCAUUUAAACCAGUUUAUCAAAGAGGUCGCAUAGUGAAGUACGCAUGCGUGGACGGUUAUUGUUUAAAUGGUGGAACCUGUGUAGAAUUUUAUAAAAACCGAUUUCUCCUGAAGCCGAAAUGUUUAUGUUCGCGAUAUUUUUACGGUAAACGAUGCGAUCGUGAUUACAGCUAUUUGUUUGUUUCACCACCCACAAAAGCAUCAGUCAACGGAAACAAAGAAUCGUCUGAUCGAGCGAGGCAACAUGAGCUUGUGGCUAUUUCGAUUUUUAUUGUGGUUGGUACUUCUUUUUUAACCUUGUUUGGUAUGUUUCUCAUGUGUCACUACAUAAAGCCACAGCCUGGACCGUCAUUAAGAACGUUUGCAAACCCAGUGUAUAGAUCGACUACAUCUAAUAUUUUACAAGCACCAAACGAACAGGAUACAGAAGAAGAGGAUGAUUUCGAUGAAAAUAACUGGAUGUUGAGCACCUUGUGACAGAAGAGCGUUGCAUUAUUGUUACAACACAGUUUUCAACGCUGGCAAGUUUGCGACGUAUCAUUGGACGUGAAUGCGACGAAGUAGUAUGGCCAGAGACUUGACGUCGUGUUUGUUUUUCUUAUAACAGAGCCUUUUUUUAUUUACGCAUGCUUAUAUUCUGUGUUUUGCUUUUUAUUGAGAUAUAUUUAUAUAUUUAUAGUUGUGUCUAUAUUUUAGAUUAUAUAUUAUAAGCCAGUAGGGAUGAAAACAGAAAGUAUAUGAUUAUUUUUGAAAAUCUUAAAGACCAUGAUCGAAGGGUUAACUUUAAGGUCACUUUAACAGAAAAUCAUACACCAAAAAACAAAAAAUUCUUUAAAAUGUCUGCAUUUCCAGUCCGCAAAUAUGCCCAAUAUAAUUUUUGGCGUUUUUUACUUUUACCUGUUAACAACAAGUUUAAAAAAUCAAUUCUUCAUCGAAGGAAACAAAAUUAGGUGAAUAGAUGGUCAUAGGUUUUCGAGAGCACAAUCUGCCGUGAAUAUCGUGAAUAUAAAAUGCUGACAUGGGUAGGGUCAGUUCCGUCUAAAAGUAGUUGAUGUCCAGUCUAUCAAAAAUGUUUAGAUUUUUACUUUCCAGUUUUCAAAUCGCAAACUACGAAAGUUUUCAGAACAUAAUCUGCUUCGUGAAACCUCUGCAUUAGAUUUGUGCAUUGACUCGAAAAGAGAAAUUUGCUCGAUCCCAGUCAUUUAGGUAUUUUUUACGCUAUAAUAAUUUCUUGUUUGUAUCGCAGAGACAUAUUUAUAAAAACGAAAAAAAGUUACUGUACAUAUGUAUAUAUAAAAAAGCUUUCGUACAACUUAUUAGAAACAGUUUUUUUUAACAAAGUUUUUUAUCGGUUGCAAUCUUUCUUUUUUCAGUGAUAUUGUCAUUUAUUAUUUUUUGUUUGCCCGUUAAAUUUUUAUUGUUGUUGUUGUUGCUGUUGUUGUUGUUGUUUUUGUUUUUGUUGUUGUUGUUGUUUUUGUUUUUGUAUUUGUUACUGUUUUUGUUGUUGUUGUUGUUUGAUGAUGUUGCUGCCAUGUUGUUCGGCAUCAUUCGCCUACGUUUGACUGUGUAUAAGUAUAUUUGUUAUAUGAAGUUUAUAUGAAGAAGAAGAUAUUUACAAGAAGUAUUUAUUUAUACGAAAAACGAUAUUUAUAUGAGAAAACUACGACACGUAAUAA